AUGUCGCUAUCGCUGUCGGGCACUUUCAGCUGCGACAGUUCGCGCUUCAGCUGCGACGGCGCGCCCGACGACACGGGCUGGGAGAGCCCUUCGGAUUCCGGUGGCGACGCGGUCUUCGGCGCGCAGUACGGUGACCGCCUCCCCAGCCGCAGGCGGAGCUUCGCAGGCGCGGGCACGAACCUUUCGAUCGGACGGCUAUCGGAUGGGCAUUUGAGCCUGGAGCGCGCGUGCAAGUCGGCGACAGUGUCGCGCGUUAGCAGCCGCCUGCUGGCCCCCACGCAAUCGUCGCAGGCCAAGUCGCGCUCUCUCAACCAUCGGCGCGCGGCGGAGGACGGUGGGACGGUGGGGCGCGAACCGUUCAGCACCUCAUCGCAGCCGCGGAGGACCAAAGCUGGCGCGACAGCAGCAGGAGCGGCCCGCGGAACACCCACAGACUUAAACGAGCGUGUACAUGCGCCGGUUUGUAGCCCACCGCGCGGAAAGGUUUCUGUGGAAAAAGCAGCACAAAACGCGGCAAAAGGCGGGCAGCGCGGACAGGGGCGGCGACUGUCAGACGCGAGUGAGAAUCUGGCGCUGAAGCUGGCCAAGCACCGACAGGGGCUGGGGGUGGUGGGCGCCGGAGAUCCCAAGACGGGUGCUGGUGGCGCCUCUGCCACUCCACAUGUGCCACGUGGCGGGAGGGUGGGAUCUCGAGGGGGGGCUGCGGCUCUGCCCGUGUCCCGCAGUGCGCUGGCUGCGGACAGGAAGCCGCUGGUUGCAGGAUCUGCGGGGAACGUUGCGCAGAGCCGCGUUGUGGCGGGGGAAGUGAAGCCCCGACAGCGCCUGGCGGACGGGAAAGGUCCGCCUAGUGGUAGCGGCGGACGAAUCCCCGCGCAUGGCGCACCGGACGGGGGAAAGGGGCUGCGGGAACACAGUGCGGGGGGAUCAGUGAGCGGUAAGGGGAAGAACGAAAAGCGGGUAGUAGGGACAAUCGGAGUGGGGAACGGUGGGAGGGGCGUGAGCGCGGAGCAGAGGACGAAGAAGCGUGGUGAGGAGCAAGAGGCAACCCCUCACACAGAGCCGUCGCGAGGGUCGAGGAGGAGUGGAAGGCGGGUAGCUGCGAAAGGCCCGCGUGGAUGCGAUCAGAGUAGUGCGGAGGAUGGGUCUGCGCACCACCCGGCAAUCCGCACUGCACCCCGCGCGCAACACACGCCUUCCCACCAACACCCGACUCCUCCUCCACCUCAUCCUGAUCAACUGCCUCUGGUCACCCAGCCAACUGGUAACCAGUCCAUCAGCCAAACCAGCUUCACCCUCCCGCCCAGCCUCCUCCCCCUCCCGCUCACCUUCCCCUCACCCUCCCCAUCCUCCGCGGGAUCCGCGGAGGACGCGGACAUGCCGUGGGCGGAGCUGAUAGGCGACGUGCGCGGCAUGGAGCAGGACGUGCAGUACGUGCGGCACGCCAUGCUCGCCGCCGGCUUCCUCUCCGACGCCCUUCCCCCCCUCUUCUCCCCGUACCUCCCCAUCAACCCCGCCUUCUUCCAGCACCUCGAAGCCGCCUUCCUCAUGCGCUGCUGCGCGCACGCCACGCACGACCCGUCUCACCUGACUGCCAGCCUGCCCUCCCUCCCUCUCGCCAUACCCGCGUCAUACCACGAGGAGCGCCGGCAGCGCAUGCUGCUCUUUGACGCCGUCAACGAGGCUCUCGGCCGCCGCCUCGCGCCUUUCCUCCCGCGCGCGCCGUGGUCCCCCGAGCCCGCGCAAGUGGCGCCGCGGAGGCGGCCUGUGGGCAUGGAGCUGGUGCAGGAGGUGUGGUCGGAGAUUCACUCAUGGCCCGUGGCGUCCACUGAUGAGGUGUACACGGUGCUGGAUGAGUCAGCAAGGCGUGAUUUGUGGAGGGGCACGGAGAGGUGGCGUGCACAGGAUGUGGCGGAGGAGGAGCCGGGUGUUGUGUUUGAUGUGGAAGGGAUGCUGCUGGAGGAGCUGCUAGAGGAGGUGUGCCUGGAGUUUGUAGAGGUGGAGCAGAGGCGGGCGAGUAAGAGGAUGUCAGUGCAUGGGGUGGUGAAGGCACAGAUUACAUCGUCUGUCUUUGUCUGUGCGGCUCAUGUGAAGGGAUCUGGAAGGGAUGGAGUGGUGGCACUACUUGGUCCUGCUUGCCCUACUGCUGUGGAGUUCAACGGUCACACGAAGCGCACGCACACAGUGGAGAGGGACCUCAACCCCGUGUGGGAUGAAAAGUUCGUGUUUGCAGUCCCCCUGCCGUCACCCCUCAACCCCUCACUGGCCGACCACCAAGAGCCGGUCCACGUCACCAUCUACACCCUCUCCUCCGCCUCCGCCCCUCUCGUUGCAGCCGGCAGUAUCUCGGCCAGCUUUCGCCGCCCGGUGCUGGGCUCCGCCCCUAGUGGCGGGCUGGCAGGCGAUCCGGAGAGAAGCGUGUUCCUGGGGAAGGUGCAGGUGCCCGUCCGCAUACAUGCCCCCACGCCAGGCAUCCCUCUCCACCCCUCUGCACCCCUCGCCUGGCUGCCUCUUGAGCGCCGCUCCCUUGUCAACCGCAUGCGGGGCGACGUGGGGGCAAAGGCUGAAUGCAAUCCGCUCACCACUCUCUGCUUCGCCCGCACAUCCUCUCGUGCCCCUCCCCCCACCCCAUGCGCCAUUGCCCCUCCCCCCACCCCAUGCGCCAUUGCCCCUCCCCCCACCCCAUGCGCCAUUGCCCCUCCCCCCACCCCAUGCGCCAUUGCCCCUCCCCCCACCCCAUGCGCCAUUGCCCCUCCCCCCACCCCAUGCGCCAUUGCCCCUCCCCCCACCCCAUGCGCCAUUGCCCCUCCCCCCACCCCAUGCGCCAUUGCCCCUCCCCCCACCCCAUGCGCCAUUGCCCCUCCCUCCCCUCCCACCCUGCCCGACGUGCCAGCCUCGUCCAUCAACCCUGACUGCCUGGACGAGUUCGACCAAUGCGAGGCCGACAGGUGGCACCUCCCGCCGUCCGCGUCCAGGUCAUCUUUUUCCGACGAUGAAAACCUGCCCACAGCCCUGUCCCACCAGCUCUCCCGGCACAGCAGCCGCAAUGCUGCCUCGCAUUCCUCCUCGCCUCCCACCUCUCUCCCCCUUCCCACCGCUCCCCCCACACUCCCCACUCUCCCCACCCUCCCCACUCUCCCCAUUCUCCCCACGUUCCCCUCUCUCUAUACCUCCUCCCCUCUCGCCACCAUCGUUUCUUCUGGCGAGCCUCCCCCUCAGCCUGUUUCACCCUCCUCCACCGCCCUCUCCCCGCUGCUUCCCCCUGCCUCCGCCCCCCCCAAAGCACUGCCCCAUGCCACUGUGCCUGCUGAGAAAGCGGGGGCAAAGGGCGAGGGGCUAGGGAUUAGGGGGGGAGGCGACAAGGAGGCAGAUGAAGGAAAGGGAGAGCGGGAGGGGGAAGGGGAGGGGGAGGGAGAAGAGGAGGGAGAGGAGGAGGAGGAGGGGGAGGAGGAGGGGCUAUUGGCAAUGGAGCCGAUUCUGUUUGUGCGAGUGGUGCAGGCGCGCUCACUGCUAGGCCUCGAUCUCAAUGCCUCCAGUGACCCUUUCGCCAUGGUCACGGUGGGCAAGGUCACGGCACGCACGCGCACCGUACCAGAUGAUGUCAACCCCAAGUGGAACCAGGUCUUUGCCAUCGGCCAGUCCGCCACGACCUUCUCUCUCGCCAAUCCCUCCUCUGUGCUUGAGAUUGUGCUCAAGAACGAGAACCGUCUCAUGCGGGACUCCUUUUUGGGAGCCAUCUCGCUGCCAGUUACCUCUCUCCCACACCGCGUUCCCCCUGCGCCCCCUGUUGACCCGCGCUGGAUUCGCCUCGACAAGAAAGCUGCCAGCGCCCCUGCCAGCGCUGCUCGCAGCACCGUCAAAGGCAAAGCUCAGGUGGAAGUGACCACAGGCACUCACAGCGUUCAGCUCGCGUCCGCUUCUUCUUCACACUCAACCCCUCUGCCUCCCUUGUCCUCCAACCAUCCCACCCCACCCCACCCCUGCCUUGCAGGCGAGCUGCAAGUGGCGGUGUGGAUAGGAGUGAGGGCGGACGAGCAGUUUGCAGAGGCCUGGCAGUCGGACGUGAAGGGUGUGGCGCACCACCGCUCGCGCACCUACCCCUCUCCACGCCUCUGGUACCUGCGCGUACACCCCUGCAAGCUGGAGCACCUCCCUGUGCCGCGUGUUGCACCCAACCUUGUGAGUUCUGAGACGUCUAAAAGGCCACGCCUCUGGUAUGCCUCUGGUACCCCUCUCCACGCCUCUGAGCCUAUGUCGUUCCAAUCCCCUUCUUUCCCCCACCCAUCAUCCCUGCUCCCUCCCACCAAUCAGGUGGUGCGGCUACGAGUGCCCUGCGGCAUGCAGGUGCAGACAGGCCCCGCCACCCACCGCACUCCAUCGCUGCCCGGCGAAAGCGAUGCGGGCGGCGGGGUCAACGUGAGCAACGCCAUGGGCAAUGUGAGCAACGCCAUGGGCAACGUUAGCAACGCCAUGGGCAACGUGAGCAACGCCAUGGGCAACGUGAGCAACGCCAUGGGCAAUGUGAGCAGCGCUAUUGGCAACGUGGGCAGUGCUAUGGGCAGCAUGCGGAGCCUUGGGGGCAGCCUGCGCAACAUAGGCGGCAGCAUGCGCAUGCCCCCCGUCUUCCCCCUCCGCAGGGCCGCAGCAGAUGCGGCCAAGACAGGCGCAGGGCAGGGCGCAGAGCAGGGCACGGGGCAGGGCGCACAGCACGGGACAGGGCAAGGCCCAGGGGAGAGGACAGGUGCAGAUGGGGGUGCAGGAGGGGAGGAGGGGCGGGAGGAGGGCGUGUGGGUGUGGGGCGAGGGCGAUGAGCAGGUGCUGGUGGUGGCAGAGCCGCUGAAUGGGCACCUGCACGUGCAGAUCGUGAAUGUCAUCUCUCCCUCCUGGGUAAGUUGUGAGCCCACUGUCCACCCAUCAAGAACCCCUCAACACCCCGCCUCACCCCCCCACACCCCUCCCUGCACGUCCCCGCGGCAGGAGGAGGUGGUGGCAUCAGCAGGCGUGCUCAUCUCCUCCAUCCCCGCCCGCAUCACCCUCGACCCCCUCGAACCCAUCUCCAUCGCUCUCCAAACCACCGCCUCUGCCACUCCUGCAGCCAUCACCACUGCAAACCGCACCUCCUCUUACGACUCCCUCGAAUCUCCCUCUAAACCAUCCCCAGCCCCCACUAUCGCAUCCUCCCUCUCCACCUCCUCCCUAUUCCACUCCUCCUCCCCUCCCUCCUCCUCGUCCUCCCCCACCCCCCUCCUCUCCCUCCUCCUCGCCCUGGAAGGCGGCCACCACGUAUUCACCCAACACCCUCGCUUCCAUUCCUCCCCGCUCCCCGCCGCCCGCUCCCUCUACCCGCCGCCCAUCGCGCGCCUCGAGAUCGGGAUCAUAUCCGCGAAGAAUCUGCAGCGGCCAGUGCCGAGCUCGCUGGGGAGUGCGGGGAUGGAUGUGUACGUGGUGGUGCGGUAUGGCGGCAUGUGGGCGCGCACCAGGACUGUCAGCGGGGAGGUCAACCCUGUGUGGCGUGAGCAGUUUAACUGGCCUGUUUAUGACUUCUGCACCGUUGUCACCAUCGGUGUGUUUGAAAACAAGCACAACAGGGGAGUGACCACGUCAACAGACACCCCUCUGGGCCGCAUACGCAUGCGCCUCAGCGCCAUCGACUCCACGCGCGCCCUCUCCUCGCACCAGCCGCUGCUGUGCCUCACCAAGAAGGGCGUGAAGCAGCUGGGCCAACUGCACCUCGCGCUGCGCCUCUCCCCCGCCAUCCCCCUCUCCCGCCUCGCCGCCACCUACAUCCGCCCCACGCUCCCCCCCGCGCAUUACCACUUCCCCAUCCCCGAAUCCCAAGAACCAGCACUCUUACAGGAGGCUGUGGGCCUGCUGUGUGCGCAGCUGGGAGCAUUCGACCCGCCGCUGCGAGCCGAGGUGGUGCAGUACAUGGGGGAGUGCGAUGAGGACGUGCUGUCAGUGCGGCGACUUAAAGCCAACCUGCAGCGGAUCAAAAUGCUGCGGGCGCGGUUCUCUGCCAUGGCUGCUGGGUUCAAGGCCGUGCGGUCGUGGGAGAGCCUUCCUCUCACGCUCGCCGUGCACGUGGCGUACGCUUUCGCACUGUUCUACCCGUCCUUCAUCCUCCCCACGCUCUUCUUUCUCCUUGCCUGGCAACUGCUCGCCUCCUCCCCCACUCGCCCCCUCGGCCCGCCUCUGAUGGAUCUGAAGCUUUCGCAGGGGGAGGGUAGGGAAGGGGUGGCGGAGAUAGGAGGGGAGGAGGGGGAUGAUGGGGAUGAGGAGGACGAGGAGCAGGAGAAAGGUGGUUCGGGUCCGGUGGCGUACUAUAAGGCCCUGAGGGCCAAGUACGACAAGCUCAUGGACGGUGCAGGGAGGGUGCAACGGGGCCUUGGGGUCAUUGCUGACGCAGCAGAGAAGAUAGAGAUGCUGCUGACGUGGCGAGAUCCAAGCGCUCAUGCUGCUGCUGCUCUUUUGAGCCUCCGUGAUGCCCCUCUCUGUUCAUCCCACCCAAACCACCCCUGCUCCCUUUCCCAACCCCUCAGAGCCACGUUCCUGCUCAUGUCAGCGUGCACGGCGCUCAUGGCUGUGCUGCUGCUGCUGCCCUUCCGCCCCGUGGCGCUAGCAGCGGGCUUCUGGGCGAUGAGACACCCGCGCCUGCGCCGCAUCACGCCCACCAAGGUCAAAUGCUUCCUCGCUCGCCUGCCCACGCGCGCCGACACCAUUUACUGA